CAGCGCCUUCCCACCAAAGCCCGAACACACACGCCCAACGUCAGCAAACCAACCGCCCAACGCCAACCCAGAAAUGACUGGUCCGUCCAAGAAUUCUGGGACUGGUCCAGGCCAACCCGCCAUCGCCUGGCAACACCAACGCCAGCACGACCACCACCCCCGGCCAAGCCGGCCAGGCCACGGCGACGGCCCCCACCGCGGCUUCUGCUGCGGUCUCCUCGCCUGCGGCCUCAUCCUCAUCCUCAUCCUCAUCCUCAUCCUCAUCCUCAUCCUCAUCCUCCUCCUCCUCCCCCUCCCCCUCCUCCUCCUCCCCCUCCACUGCCUCCUCUUCCUCAUCUGCCGCAACCACCACUGCGACCAGCGCCCGGGCUAG